GCUGCGCAUUCAACACGCGGAGACUUUGACGCGUUUGCGGCGGGUUUCACCAUAGGACCUGGCGCCCGUAAGCCGACAAACCUGAUGGACUCGAUGACGGCGGGUCUUUGUGCCAGCGCCGAGUCUCUGCUUGCGCACGGCCAGCUUCGCCGACUCGCAGGGUUUGCGAGCGAGAUCGUCGCCCACUACUUCCCCCUCACCUUCGAGCACAUUCGCAGCCGCCUUGCCGCGAUGUGCAAAGAGGACUCCGGCCUUCAGUUCCCCUUUGGGGGCAUAAGCCUCUAUCCAGCUUGUACCUUCAAUCUGGGGCUGCACUCAGUCUGUUUCGGCCAUACCGACGGCUCGAACUACCCGGGCAUGCCAUGUACGAUAUCGCCGUUCGGCCAAUAUAAUGCCACGCUCGGCGGGCAUUUUAUAUUGUUCGACUUUCGGCUAUACUUCAAGUUCCCAUCAGGCUGCACGGUUGCCCUGUCUUCGGCAGGUUUGCGGCACGGCAACACACAGCUCGCACCAGGCGACAAACAAUACAGCUUCACCCAGUACUGCUCGGGUGGGCUGAUUCGGUACAUCGCGUACGGCUUCCGUCUCGUCGGGCCGAUCCCAAACGCAGAGCGCGAUCGGAUUGACGCCGAGAUGGGUGAGGGUUGGGAGGCACAACUGGGCCGUUUCUUGACAUGGAGUAGUGUUCUCGUUGACCGAAAAAAGCUGUACGACUUGGAGCAUUGUUAA